CUCAGCGCCCGGCCCCGCCGGGACCCCCGCGGAGGCUCGGCUCCCCAGACUCCCCCCGAUCUCGGCGCCCAGGCGUGCCCACCAUGCCCGUGGUCGGUGUCCUCCUCUGGGCCACCCUGCUGACUCUGGGCUGGCGGGCUGCCCACCCCAAGGACCACGGCUUYGCCACCCCGAGGGUCCAGCUCUCCUUCAAAGAGCUGAAGGCGACGGGCACAGCACACUUCUUCAACUUCCUCCUCAACUCCAGUGACUACCGCAUCCUGCUGAAGGACGAGGACCACGACCGCAUGUAUGUGGGCAGCAAGGACUACGUCCUGUCGCUGGACCUCCACGACAUCAACCGCGAGCCCCUCAUCAUCCAUUGGCCUGCGUCCCAGCAGAGRAUCGAGGAGUGCAUCCUGUCAGGCAAGAACAGCAACGGGGAGUGCGGCAACUUCAUCCGCCUGAUCCAGCCCUGGAACCGGACGCACCUGUACGUGUGUGGCACUGGUGCCUACAACCCCAUCUGCGCCUUCGUCAACCGCGGCCGCAAAGCCCAGGGGUUUCCGCCGAGCCAGCCGGGAGGCCGGGAAAGCAGAUCCACCGACAGCCCCCUCAGCCCGCGACCAGCACACAGCAAGGAUUAUAUCUUCUACCUGGAGCCAGACAAGCUGGAGUCAGGCAAGGGGAAGUGCUCCUACGACCCCAAAGUAGACACCGUCUCUGCAUUAAUAAAUGAAGAGCUCUACGCUGGUGUCUACAUCGACUUCAUGGGCACGGACGCAGCCAUCUUCCGCACCAUGGGCAAGCAGACGGCYAUGAGGACUGACCAGUACAAUUCCCGCUGGCUCAACGACCCAGCCUUUGUGCGUGCCCAGCUCAUUCCUGACAGCAGUGAGAGGAAUGACGACAAGCUCUACUUCUUCUUCCGAGAGAAGUCAGCUGAUGCCCCGCUGAGUCCCGGGGUCUAUUCCCGCAUCGGGCGCAUCUGCCUGAAUGACGAUGGGGGCCACUGCUGCCUCGUGAACAAGUGGAGCACCUUCCUGAAGGCCCGGCUCGUCUGCUCUGUGCCGGGACCCGAUGGAAUUGAAACGCAYUUUGAUGAGCUCCAGGAUGUCUUCAUCCAGCAGACUCAGGACACCAAGAACCCUGUUAUCUACGCUGUGUUCUCUGCUUCGGGGUCAGUCUUCAAGGGCUCUGCUGUGUGCGUCUACUCGAUGGCUGACAUCCGCAUGGUCUUCAACGGGCCCUUYGCCCACAAGGAGGGACCCAACUACCAGUGGAUGCCCUACACAGGGAAAAUGCCCUACCCCCGGCCGGGCACUUGCCCCGGGGGGACCUUCACCCCAUCCAUGAAGUCGACCAAGGACUACCCUGAYGAAGUGAUCAACUUCAUGCGCUCGCACCCGCUGAUGUACCACGCCGUGUACCCCACGCACCGCCGGCCGCUGGUGGUCCGCACCAACGUCAACUACCGCUUCACCACCGUGGCCGUGGACCAGGUGGACGCGGCAGAUGGGCGCUAUGAGGUGCUUUUCCUGGGCACAGAUCGGGGCACUGUGCAGAAGGUCAUCGUGCUCCCCCGGGAUGACAUGGAGACAGAGGAGCUCAUGCUGGAGGAGAUUGAGGUGUUCAAGGUGCCAGCCCCCAUCAAGACGAUGACCAUCUCCUCCAAGAGGCAACAGCUCUAUGUGUCCUCGGCCGUAGGCGUGACCCACCUGGCCCUGCACCGCUGUGACGUGUACGGGGAAGCSUGCGCCGACUGCUGCCUGGCCCGGGAUCCCUACUGUGCCUGGGACGGCAGCGCCUGCACCCGCUACUCCACCUCCUCCAAGAGGCGGAGCCGGCGACAGGAUGUCCGGCAUGGCAACCCCAUCCGGCAGUGCCGCGGCUACAACUCCAACGCUAACAAGAACACGGUGGAGGCUGUGCAGUACGGGGUGGAGGGCAGCACUGCCUUCCUGGAGUGCCAGCCCCGCUCGCCCCAGGCCAGCGUCAAGUGGCUGCUGCAGAAGGACAACAGCGACCGGCGGAAAGAGCUGCGGGUGGAGGGCCGGGUGCUGCGCACGGAGCAGGGCUUGCUGCUGCGCGCCCUGCAGCUCAGCGACAGCGGCCUCUACUCCUGCACCGCCACCGAGAACAACUUCAAGCACACGGUGACCAAGGUGCAGCUCCGUGUCCUCAGCAGCCGCGCCGUCCAYGCCGUGCUGGUCCAGGCCGAGAGCCCUCCCGGCCUGCCGGGUGCCCCCACUCCCCGCUACCAGGACCUGCUGCAGCUCCUCACCCAGCCCGAAAUGGGACUGCUGGACCAGUACUGCCAGGGCUACUGGCGGCACACGGCCGCCAGCCCCCCGCAGCCGCUGGCUGGCCUCAAAGCYAAGGAGCAGCAGGACCAGAAGAAGCCUCGAAAUCGCCGGAAUCACCAGCCAGAGACCUAUGGGCAUACAUGAAACCAUCAUCAGGGACUUUGCUAGCACAGUGGUCUAUUUUUCCCCCUUUUAAUAUUAAAAAUAUCUAUAAAUAAAUAUAUAUAUAUAUAUAUAUAUACACAUCCACGCACACACACACACGCAGACACACGCGCUUCCCCCCUCCCACAGGAGGUGGUAUUUAUUUAUGGGUUGUACAUAGUCACUGGGGUGGUGGUACCCUCACUUCCCAGCUCCGGGGAGGAGCAGGGACCCCCGGGGAGGAGCAGGGACCCCCCAAGGUGGCUGCUGCCACUGUCACCAUCUUCCCCCUCUCCACGGACCCCCACGUCCUGUUGUGCAGGGACCGUGGGUCACUAGAGCCACUCUCCCCACAGCUGGGGCAUGGCACCAUGCUGGGGGAUGGAGGGCCUGGUGUGGGAGGGAUGAUGCCCUGGGAGGGCAGGGAGGUGAGGCAGGAGCGGGGCCAUAGUUUUGUGCCUCAGUUUCCCCAUAGAGUUACUGAGGAGCA